UAAUUAGUUAGUGGAAUUAGAGGGAAAUUUAGAAGGUUGCAGCGAUGGAGAAAGGCACCUCUUUUCUGUUCUCCGGCAUUACUUUCGACAAAAAGAAGUUCGCCGCCGAUUUCUCCAGGUUUAAGGAGAAAAAAGAGAGUGAUGAUUUGGUUGAGAGUGGGAAAUCUGAAGCAGAGGAGGGGGCAAGGCCUGUGAAGAAGAGGAAGCGGAAGGCAACGGUUGCGGAUCCUGUAGAAGGAUUCAAUGUCUUCAAGACUUCAAAAUCAUCCGCUCAAGGAAUCCAGCAGAAUGACCAGGAAAAAAGCGAACUUUCUCAAGCAAAGAAGGAACUCAAUCGGCAAAUUGAGAGGGAUGCGCUUUUGCGGAAGAAGCAUAAGAUUCAUAUUUCUGGAAAUAAUGUUCCAUCUCCCUUGGAGAAUUUUUCAGAGUUGAGCUCAAGAUAUGGAUGUGAAUCAUAUUUAUUGCACAACUUGGCGGAACUUGGAUUUAAAGAGCCAACACCAAUUCAAAGACAGGCUAUUCCAGUACUACUAUCUGGACGCGAAUGCUUUGCUUGUGCUCCUACUGGAUCUGGAAAAACCUUGGCUUUUGUGUGUCCAAUGCUUAUGAAACUUAAGCAUGCAUCAAAGGAUGGCAUCCGGGCUGUUAUCCUUUGUCCUACAAGGGAGCUAGCUGCUCAGACAGCCAGAGAGUCCAAGAAAUUGGCUAAAGGGAAGAAAUUUUACAUCAAGUUAUUGACUAAAGAACUUUUAAGAAGUGGUGAUAUUUCAAAACUGCCUUGUGAUAUACUCAUAUCUACACCUCUGCGCCUGCGGUCUGCUAUCCGCAAAAAAAAGCUCGAUUUAAGCAGGGUUGAGUAUCUUGUCCUGGAUGAAUCAGAUAAACUGUUUGAGCUUGGCUUGGUGAAGCAGAUUGAUGCCGUGGUCAAAGCAUGCUCAAAUCCCUCAAUAAUACGCUCAUUGUUUAGUGCUACUUUACCUGAUUUUGUUGAAGAGCUUGCUCGCACAAUAAUGCAUGAUGCUGUUCGAGUCAUCAUUGGCAGGAAGAAUUCUGCUUCUGAACUUAUAAAGCAAAAACUGGUGUUUGCUGGAAGUGAAGAGGGGAAGCUUCUUGCUCUUCGUCAAAGCUUUGCAGAGAGUUUGAAUCCACCGAUUCUUCUCUUUGUCCAAAGCAAGGAACGUGCAAAGGAGCUCUACACGGAACUGGCAUUUGAUGACAUUAGAGUUGAUGUUAUCCAUGCUGAUUUGUCCCAAUCACAGCGAGAAAAUGCUGUGGAUGACUUCAGAGCCGGGAAAACUUGGGUUUUGAUUGCAACUGAUGUUAUUGCUCGUGGUAUGGAUUUCAAAGGCAUUAACUGUGUGAUUAAUUAUGACUUUCCAGAUUCUCCUGCUGCAUAUAUUCACAGGAUUGCAACCAUGAACAACUGCUCUUGGAAUGACAAAAGAUAAGGCUUUUAGCUGAUCUACUGAAUUACAGAUGAGCUAUUUUUGAAGUUUAUUUCAGGAUGUUUGUUUUCUAUUCUACAUGAGUCAGCAAAUAAUUUACUCCCCUAACAAAUAAUGUCUUAGUCUGCAAAUAGUUUUGAUACAUACAUUGUUCAGGGUGUAUGCUGAAUCUUUUAAAAGUAACUUUUAUACAGUUUUUGCUGGAGUAUUUUUCGUCUAGUCACUGAAACAGAGUUUCUUUAAUCUUUUGAAAAAGGUCGUUCUGGCAGAGCAGGAAGGACAGGAGAGGCUAUUACCAUUUACACAGAAGAUGAUGUUCCAUUUUUGCGGAACAUUGCAAAUGUGAUGGCAGCUUCUGGCUGUGAGGUUCCGUCUUGGAUUAUGGCCUUGCCCAAACUGAAGUGGAAGAAGCAUCGGCCCCAAAGAGAUUCUAUAUCCACAAAGCCAAAAGAUCAGAAAGAGUAAGGCUGCAAAGUGAUUCCAUAUCCACCAAGCCAAAAGAUGAGAAAGACCAAGGCUGCAAAGAGAUUCUACAUUGACCUGGCUAAAAGAUCUGAAAUACUAAGGGCGCGAGGAGAUUAUCUAUCUACUUGGCCAAAUGAUCAGAAAGAGCAAGGCCACUAGAAAAUUUCCUAUUUUGUUGUAACUGUUUUAGGCUUUUGUGAUUUCAGUUUGCUGUUUCUUCUCCCUUGCAAGAGGGAGAUGAGAUUGUAUUAGUCAUUUUUUUGACAUUUUAGAGUCGAGGACUCGGGGGCUUGGGAUCAUGUCCAAGUUCCGGAUCUUUGUGGAUCAUUCCCAGAUCAAAAUGAUCAGCAAAGUGGCAACUGGCCAAUUACAGUGA